AUGGGUCCCGUAGGAAUUGUCCUCCACGGAGGCGCCUCGGAGUCAUGGGUAGGCGACGCCGAGAGCUUCAAAGCCACCAACGCCUUUCUCGACAACUUGGUCAACAAGGCAGAAGCAUCUCUUGAGCGGGGCGCAACCGCCGUUGAUGUGGCUGCCGAGACAGUGGCGGAACUGGAGGAUUUUCCCGAGUUCAACGCGGGCAAAGGAUCGGCUGUAAAUAUCGACGGCUGCUUCGAGCUAGAGGCUGGUAUUGUCAAUGGCGCAGACUCUGCGUACCGCGCUGCCGUUUGCCUGCGGACGACCAAGAACCCGAUCAAGCUUGCGCGGGCCAUGCUCGACCGCCGAGGCACGACGGCGCCCGUGUUUAUCGCUGGCGUCGGCGGCGAUCAGCUUGCCCGUCGCUUGGGUCUGGAAACGGUGGACAACAGCUACUUUGGCACGGAGCGACGCCUGAGUUACUGGCGCCAGAAGCGCCCCGACGUGUCUGAACACGGCACGGUCGGGGCCGUUGUGCUGGAUUCGCAUGGGAAUGUGGCGGCAGCCAAUUCUACGGGCGGCAUGACCAUGAAGCCGGUCGGGAGGGUUGGCGAUACGGCCAUCCUGGGAUCUGGGCUGUAUGCGGAUGAGCGAGUGGCAGUGGCAUGCAGCGGUGGGGGCGAGGCCAUCAUGACGAGCAUGCUGGCCGGCCGCAUCGCCAAUUUAUACAGGAGUGGUGUUGGCGUCGCAAAGGCCGUCGAGCAGGCCAUCUGGGAGGCGACGCGGCUCUGCCCGUCCAUCUCGUGUGGUGUCAUUGCCAUUACAUCCGACGGCGAGCGGACGACCCAAUGCAACAGCAGGAUCUUUACCAUGGCAUCGGCAGGCGAUGCGGCGCGAUGUGGACGCCAAGUCGGGCUGCUUCGCUGCACCAUGCCCAUCAUCGGCCCCUUGUGCUGCUACGAGGACGACAUGAUGCAGAUCGGAGUGUCGAAGCACCCGACACGGCCAGGCCAGCUCACAUUCAAGCUCAAAGGCACGAGUCUCGCAGGCAUGGAUAGAGAGCAGGUGUUUGCCUGGUUUGGCACCCUUAGACGCGCUGCGAAGGCUCUGGUUGAAGUUGUCGGGUCGUCGGACGUGGCCAUGAUGACUUGGCCAGGCUGCGACGGCGGCCAUCUGUUCCCUGUGCACGGUCGAUAUGCGGCGGAGGAGAGGAGCAGGAGCAGGAGAAGCACGGAGAAGCACUCUGCCAUUUUCCACGAGACGUCCAUGGUGAUCAGGCGGGCAUGUGCUGGGGGAGAUGAUGGCGUGGAUGAAGGUGGCGAGGAAAACGACGACGCGGAGGAGCAAAAUGGCCGGCCUGCAUGUGGGCUGUUCCUGGUCAGCGAGGCCGAGGCCCAGGGGGCUGUUGAGGCGCUGUGGGGGGCCUUGCAGGGCGGCCUGCGGGAGGCCUUGCAGCCGGAGGGCCCCCGAAGCCCCUGUAGUGGCCCCAAUUGCCCCCGUAGAUGGUCCCUGCUGGUGGACCCGGCGUCGGCUGAGCGCGACGAAAUGCUGGUGGCCUCGUCCUUCCCCGAUCACCACUGGCCCAACCCUGCGCCCUUUGAGCACCAUGGAUCCGAUCAUGACUAUGCAGAGCUUACCGCUGCUUUGGGGCCGAGGAGCUGGCAUCUCGACGGCCUGCGUUUCUCCAACUUUGCAAGUGCCCUCUUCCCUCUUGGCACCGCCCUGCCAUGUACGGCGGUAUUCCCGUUGGCAUCGCUAACCAACCCGGCAGAUGACCGCCGUCGACUCCAGCUUGUCAUCCUCAGCACACGUAGCCGUUGCCUCGCACUUCAACCGGACCAAUGUCUCGACCUGGCCCGUCACCGCCUUCUUGGUCUGCUCCAUCACCGUACAGCCGCUGUACGCCAGCCUGUCCGACUGCCUCGGCCGCAAAACCAUCUACCUGUCAUGCGCCGCCCUGUUCCUGCUUGGCAUCAGCCUGGCUGCCCUCGCGCCUUCUUGGACUUGCCUGAUUCUUGCCAGAUGCGUCUGUGGGCUCGCCUCGUCAGGAUUAACCAUCAUGGUCUCGGGUCGGUUUCAGGAGGUACUAUUGUGGACCGAUUUGGUUGGAGUUGGUUGUACAAGAUUCAGCUACCUUUCGCCCUUGUCACUCUCAUCAUGGUGUAUUUCUUCAUACCUUGGACAAUCGAUGCAUCGGAGGAUACGAGUCCCCGUGAUGAAACAGCACAAGGCCGACGUCUUCUCAGUUUAUUCGAUUGGACCGGUGCUCUUGUCCUCGUCAUCUCUCUCCUGUUGUUGGUCUUCGUUUUGGGAACUGCCGGAAACGUGCUCCCCUGGACGAACCCUUUCAUCUUGCUGGCCUUAUUCCUAUUCCCUUGUACGGUGUAUGUCCUCGUCCGAGUCGAGGCAAAAGCCCAGAAGCCAGUCCUUCCCCCGGUCCUAGUUCAGUUUCCGUUCAGAAACAUUAUGGUUAACGCAUUCUUCUUAUCUAUCAUCAAUUACAUUGUCAUGUAUAACGUUACAUUCUUCUUCCAAGCCGUGUUGCUGGAGACUCCUGGGCAAGCCAGCACUCACCUUGUCGCGCCUUCCAUCGCCUUUACCGUCGUCAGUGCGAUUUCUGGGGCGACAAUUGCCAGGCUUGAAACCCCCAAGCCAACGCUACGAAUUAGCCAGGUAAUGCUGCUCUGUGGUGCUGCAGGGCUGAUGGUCAUGGCAACGAUUCUUCCGAGGACGGAAACUCCGGGUGCACUGUAUAACCUCUGCCUCGCAUUGCCAAUUCUGGGCGUCGGGAUGAUGGCGCCAAGUGCGUUGCUGCUUCUGCUCGGAAUGAGCGAUCGCAACAACCAUGCGACCCUGAAUGGUGGCUUUAUCAUGAUGAGGUCCCUGGGCGGCUUUACAGCAACGUCCAUCAGCACGACCAUUGUGCAAAACGUAUUCCAACAGACCAUGCGGCCCUUGAUGACUUCUGAAGAGAUCAAGAAGAGGAGCCACUCCGGGGCCAAGGUAGCCAACACCUCCUAUUGA